CCACCCCUGAACGUAUUCUUCAUCAACACGUUACGUUCUCUCCUCGGAUCACCCCACUCCGGCGACCGUUAGUCUCCAAGGACCCAACAUCUCCGGCGACUUUAUCUGAACCUUUGCUUCUGAUUCCCAAACAAUGCUGUCUGGUGAGAACUGAAACAGAAGAUUGAUGUCUUUCUGGAAAUGGAACAGCUUAAUUAAAGAACUGAAACAAUAGGAAGUGACAUGUCAUUUUCCUAAAAGCAUAAUACUAGAGCCAAAAAAACAUCAACUUAAGAUACUAGGAGAUGUAGGUGCAUGUAGGAAGAUACCGGAGGAUGUUAAAUUGAAGAUGAAGGCAGUAUUUGGUCAGAAAAAGGCUGAAAAUGUUAUAUACACACACACACAAAAACAUGGAAAUAACGCAAGAUGAUGCAUUAACUGCUAACCUUGGUGUUAUAGGAAGAAAUUCUACUGACCUUGGACCUGUUGGUGACAACUUUGGUGACAACUUUAGUGCAUUAACUGCUAAUUCUGGUGAAGUUCGUGAUCAGUUAUAUAAUUUUCAGAUGCUUGAGGUAGCUCACCACAAACUUCCGCAACCUAAGGACUCAGAACGUCCCAGGGCCUAUACUCCUAAACAUCCUACGAUAACUCCUCCUAGUUUUCCUAAAGUUCAGGCCCCUAUUGUUUAUAAUCCAGCCUUUUGGGAGAAAGUGGGUCUAGAACCAUAUUAUUUUGAUACCCUUUUCUUUGCAUUUUACUAUCAACAGAACACUUACCAACAAUAUGUGGCUGCAAAAGAGCUAAAGAAACAGUCUUGGAGAUAUCACCGCAAGUAUAACGCAUGGUUUCAACGGCAUAAAAUGCCAAAAGUUGCAACAGAUGAAUAUGAGCAUGGAACAUAUGUGUACUUCGAUUUCCGUAUAGCAAAUGAUGACAAACAACAUGGGUGGUGUUAUAGCAUCAUGACUGACUUCACUUUGAAUUAUAAUUACCUUGAAGAUGAGCCUAUUGUCUAGAAGAUGCCCGCUUCAUGUUCUUAUUAGUGUUUGUAUAUCGAUAAACUACAUUUGCCCUCCAAAGAAGGAAAAAUAUAUUUUGUAAAAGAGAACAGCGCAGAAUGUUGAAUAUGUAGAAUAAACUCAAAUGGUGCCCACAUGUCUUCCACUGCACCAAAAACCUUGUCUGGUUAUGAAAAAAAUCUGCCGAAAGAAAUAAAAUGAUUGAAGGGAGAAAUGAUAAA